AUGGCGAGCAGCUCGGACUACGACGUGAGGCUCGACGAGGUGGCCGAGCGCUCGAGCCGUCUUAUCGCUGCGAAGGAGGAGGCGGGACUCUCCUUCGACGAGCUUGCGACGAAGCUCGGCCUGACCAACACCUACACUGCCCAGCUCUUCCUCGGCCAGGCUCAGCUCAAGGCGAAUACGGCACCCAAGCUCAAGAAGGCGCUGCCUUCUGUCAGCGACGACGAUGUGCAAGCGAUGAUGGCGCACUUUCCGAUGCGUGGCUUUGACGAGAGGAUCCUGCAGGAGCCAAACGUCUACCGCACGUACGAGGCGGUCACGCACUACGGCGAGGCGAUCAAGCGGAUCAUCAACGAGGAGUGCGGCGACGGCAUCAUGUCGGCAAUCGACUUUUACUGCGAUGUCGGGACGACAACCGGCAAGGCGGGCGAGAAGCGCGUCGUCAUCACAUUCAACGGCAAGUUCCUGCCCUUCAUCGAGCAGCAGGCCGCCGACAACACGGCUUCGAGUCCGAGGGACUAA